AUGCCAUCCAAAGUGAGACGCCACCCAGAGGAAGACUCCAAGAAGAAGAAUCGUGAAAGCUCGAAAGGCCGAAAUGAAGAAACAAGCGAGUAUAAAAAAGGGCAAAGGAGAGAUGGAGUGAAGUUUCCAAGACUUAACAUUGGGCUAGGAGAACUCCACAAGAAGAUCAUAGAUUCGCUCCCUAUCCCAAGACCGCUAUUCGAAGAUACUAAAGGCACCGAAACUCUGGAAGAAGGGAAGACAGAGAUAUCAUUUACAAAUGCCGAUUUUGACGGAGUUUAUCGUCCACAUAAUGAUGUGAUUGUUAUUCUAUCCCUCAUCGGAAUGUACAAGGUACGACAUGUCUUGAUUGAUACUGGGAGAUCGAUAAGCGUCAUAUUUUCUGGAGCAUACUCCUCAAUGAAUCUCAACGAAGGACAGGUUGAAGCAGACGACAAUCCUAUUGUCGGGUUCAGUGGCGAAACCGUGAGUGCAGUUGGGAGAGUCAAUUUACCUACCACUGUAGGAGGAAAGACAGUCAUGCAAUAUUUCUCACUACUUGAUUGUCGUGCACCUUACAAUUCUAUACUCGGUCGUGAUUGGAUCAAUUCCAUGGAGGAGAAAGGUAAAGAAGGGCCACCGACGAUCGAAAGGCUGAUAGAGGUACAAAUCGGAGAUCAAGAAGAACACACUACCUACAUCGGAGCAAAGUUGCCGGAAGAGGAACGUGAAAGUCUGAUUUCCCUUUUAAAAGAGAACAAAUAUGUAUUCGCUUGGAGCUUGAAAGACAUUCCAGGAAUCGACCCAACGAUUGCCUGUCAUCGACUAGAUAUUCGAGAGAAUUACAAACCAGUGAGGCAAAAACCAUGCAAGAUGGCUCCGGAACGCAAAGCGAAUGUGGCGGAGGAGAUAGAAAGGAUGCUAGAAGCAGGCAUCAUCAGACCAGUGCGGUACCCGAAAUGGAUGGAAAAUAUUAUUGUCGUACCAAAGAAGAACGGUAAAAUAAGAGUGUGUAUUGAUUUCACGAAUUUUAAUAAAGCAUGUCCAAGUGAUCCUUAUCUGUUGCCCAGAAUCCCAGAUUUGGUCGAUGCCACAUCUGGAUAUGAACGGUUGUCUUUUAUGGAUGGGUAUUCUGGUUAUAAUCAAAUACCAUUACAUAAAGAUGAUCAAGAACACACUGCAUUCGUUACAGAUAAAGGAGUUUAUUGUUGUGUUGUCAUGCCGUUUGGUCUAAAGAACGCCAGAGGAACCUAUCAGCGUCUGGUGAACGAAAUGUUCAAAGAUAUGAUAGGCAAGAUAUAG